CUUCUCAUCGUUACCCCCGUGUCGCGCGACUCGUACAAUUUUCAAGAUUGCACAGAAAGUAAUUCCAUCCGCUUGUUGGAAGCCCUUUGAUCUCUGUCUCUAUCAUAAGAAAACGUUAACAAGAUGUGGAGUAAACUCUACGUAAAAUCUAUGCUGCUGUUCGUUAUCGUCGGCUUUGCUGUCGGUGUUGAAAGAUACAAAGACUAUGGAGAUGAAAUACCGGGAAAAAUACCAGAGGAGAGUAUCCAAGAGCUUUACAAACUUCUAAUGCAUCGUAACACUUUCGACGACACUGUAUUUGGCAAGGUUCCAUUCGAACAUUUAAUGAUCCGCAAAUCUCAACGAUCGCCAUCUUUACGCUUACGUUUUGGGCGUUCGGAUUCGAGUUUACCUAUGGAAAGAUUCUUUGGAUAUAUGAACGGUAUGGCAUCACCAAGAUUCAACGACAAUUAAACGAAAAUGAACAGUUCGGUUUUCG